CGUCGACGCGUAACGAGGGGGUGCGUGUGAGGUCAUCGCGCGGGCGGGCGGGGUCGGGCGGUUUGAACGAGACGAAGACGGAACCGGAGCCGGGCAGGGGCAGUGGACGCGGUUCGCCUGAGAACCGAAGAUGGCAGUGAACGUAUAUUCAACGUCAGUCACCAGUGAUAACCUAAGUCGACAUGACAUGCUGGCCUGGAUCAAUGAGUCUCUGCAGUUGAAUUUGACAAAGAUCGAACAGUUGUGCUCAGGGGCUGCUUAUUGUCAGUUUAUGGACAUGCUGUUCCCUGGCUCCAUUGCCUUGAAGAAAGUGAAAUUCCAAGCUAAGCUAGAACAUGAAUACAUCCAGAACUUCAAAAUACUACAAGCAGGUUUUAAGAGGAUGGGUGUUGACAAAAUAAUUCCUGUGGACAAAUUAGUAAAAGGAAAGUUUCAGGACAAUUUUGAAUUCGUUCAAUGGUUCAAGAAGUUUUUUGAUGCAAACUAUGAUGGAAAAGACUAUGACCCUGUAGCUGCCAGACAAGGUCAAGAAACUGCAGUGGCUCCCUCCCUUGUUGCUCCAGCUCUGAACAAACCGAAGAAACCUCUCAGCUCUAGCAGUGCAGCUCCACAGAGGCCCAUUGCAACACACAGACCUACUGCAACCCCGAAGGCUGGCCCGGGUGUGGUGCGCAAGAAUCCUGGUGUGGGCAAUGGGGACGACGAAGCCGCAGAGUUGAUGCAGCAGGUCAACGUAUUGAAACUUACUGUCGAAGACUUGGAGAAAGAGAGAGAUUUCUACUUUGGAAAGCUAAGGAACAUUGAAUUGAUUUGCCAGGAGAACGAAGGGGAAAACAACCCUGUACUGCAGAGGAUUGUGGACAUUCUCUAUGCCACAGAUGAAGGCUUUGUGAUACCUGACGAAGGGGGCCCACAGGAGGAACAAGAAGAGUAUUAACAGCCCGGACCAUCAGAGCAACAUUGAAUUCUUCACUCCAAAUCAUGUGCUUAACUGUAAAAUACUCCCUUUUAUUAUCCUUAGAGGACUCACUGGUUUCUUUUCAUAAGCAAAAAGUACCUCUUCUUAAAGUGCACUUUGCAGAAGUUUCACUCCUUUUUCAAUAAGUUUGAGUUAGGAGCUUUUCCCUUGUAGCAGAGCAGUAUUAACAUCUAGUUGGUUCACCUAGGGAACAAAGAGGCUGACCGUGGGGCUCACCGAAUGGAUGCUGGUAACACUGAUGACUGGAGAAAGUGUUUUUAUGUGAUAUGCUGAGGUGGGGACCUCAGCAGAGAAAUGUAAAGACUGAUUUGAAUUUUAAGCUAAUGUGAAAUUUUGGCAGAGAACGUUUUAAUAAAUAAAUGCCUUAAGAGUAUUUAAAAUAUGCCUCCAUAUUUCAAAAUAUAAAAUGUAACCUGACAGGAGAUAUUAUGUGUUUGACCUUGUGUCUGGGAAGGAAGGGCCAGACCUUGGAAACUGGAACCUGCUGUUCACAGGCCUUGCAGGGCUGGGUGUAACCUUGGCCCAGAAAGAAAGUUUAAAAUGUUGCCCUGUAAAGCCAUUUGGUGUCCUUGACCAAUUGCAUCUCUGCUAAGAAGCAAGAGGUAUUGUUGCCUGAAUGAAUAGAGGGUGUGUUUCAGCCCUAAGAUGUUUGAGCCGAAGAGCUUGAUUUUCAUUGAACAUAUUUCUCUGACGAUUUUUCCAAUUACCCCUGAAAUUUCUAUGUAUUGUGUAUUUUGGGAAAUGAGGUGUGUUCAGUUUUUAAAUCCAACAACUACUUUUGGGGACUUGCCCACAUCUCUGGGAUUUGAAUGAGGGCUGUGUCCCAUUUUACUGUCUUUUAAGUUUACAUUGAACAUGUUUCUCUUCUCUGUUCCCCUUGCCCACUGGGGACUCCUCUUUGGCUCCUGAAAGUUUGCUGCUUAGAGUGGAAGUUCAGCAGGCAGGUGAUCGUGCUGUGAGUUCUUUCUGGACCUCUGGCAAAGGGAGUGAUCAGGGAAGGCCAUCGCUACCUUGGGAUCUGCAAGGCUGGGUGAUUUGGUACCUGCUGCCCCACAGCCCUCCGCUGUUACCGGAAUACUUUGCCAGUGCACUAAUCUCUUUGGAGAUAAAAUUCGUUAGCGUGUUACUAAAUGUUAAUUUUCUUUUGCAGAAAAUACAGUACGGUGUCUGAAUUAAUUAUUAAUAUUUAAAGUAUUUCAUUCCUUAACGCUCCCUCAUUUGCUUUGCCCACAGCCUACUCAGUUCCCUUGUUUGGCAGAAUUCUGCAAAAUGUGUGUCACCCACUACUGAGAUUGUUCAACCCCUGAUGUAUUUGUAUUGAUUUGUUUCCGGUGGUAACUUGUCCUAAAAUGUGUGUAGAAAGCAGGUAUUUUAUGAUAAAUUGUUGUGUAGUGCAUGCUAUGUGUGGAAUUCAGAGGAAAACCCAGAUUCAGUGAUUAACAAUGCCAAAAAUGCAAGUAACUAGCCAUUGUUCAAAUAACAGUGGUGCUAUUUCUCUUUUGUGGCCUUUUAGACUUUUGUUGCCCUAAAUUCCAUUUUAUUGGGAACCAUUUUCCACCUGGUCUUUCUUGACAGGGUUUUUUUCUACUUUAAACAGUUUCUAAAUAAAAUUCUGUAUUUCAAGUGU